AACCUCCUCGAUCCUGAUCCCCUCCGUCUCGUGAUGCCCACGAUCUCCCCUCUCUUCUUCCCACCCGGCCAGGCAGGGAAGCCGUUUCAUGAUCCGCCGCCAGCCGUGCUCGCGCCGGGGGAGGGAGGCCGCCGGCGGCCAUGCUCGCGUGGUGCCCGGAGGUGUGCGCGUACCCGUUCGCCAUCCCGGCGUACGUGCCGGGGCGGCGGCCCGAGGCGCCGCCCAACGGCGACCCAGGCGUGGACGGCAUGGUGAGCGUCAUCGCGCACGAGCUGGCCGAGAUGGCGUCCAACCCGCUGGCCAACGCGUGGUACGCCGGCGGGGACCCGUCGUUCCCGACGGAGAUCGCCGACCUGUGCGAGGGCAUCUACGGCACCGGCGGCGGCGGCGCGUACACGGGCCAGCUGCUCACCGACGGCCGGUCCGGCGCGUCCUACAACCUGAACGGCGUCGGCGGGCGCCGGUUCCUGGUGCACUGGGUCUGGGGCCCCUACCGCAGCUACUGCUCCGGCCCCAACGCGCUCGACCACCACUAGCUUUUCAUCGUCGCCGCAUCUAGCGGUAGCGGUAGCGGCAGUAGUAUUCCUCCAACUCCAGCAUAGCAUUGGAUUCCUUCCUCGGGACAUCCAUGGUCGGUCAUGGGAGCGUCUCCUGUAUAGAGUUCAGUGUCAGUGAGCCGAAGCAUGGUGGUCCGGUCGCCGGUCAGUGAGCUCAUGAUUUGGCACGUCUGCGUGCGGACAAUGUUUUGGGCUUUCAUUCAAAUUCGAUGUCAUUUUGUGCAUCUGGAUAACAUUUGAAGCAUCAGGAGUACAAUUAUUGGGAAUCUGGAUGAA